UUCCAUGGGGUCGCAAAGAACACAACUAAGGCCUAACUAUUUCAGAUUUCAAUACAAAGCAUCCCAGGAGCGCACAUUCUCCUCUCGGUUCCUUUCUUCCCACUUAGAUUCAGACCUCAUCCUUUAUCACCUGGGCCAUCUCAUCACCCUCUUACCUGGUCUCUCUGCUUCCAGACUCACUCCCCUUGACUCAUGCCAUCCCUCCCACACCCAGAACCUCUCUCAAAUGCAGGCCAGGCCCUGCCCCAUCCAGGUAGGGGCUUCACGUUCUCUGGGGUCAUAUCUCAGAUCUGGGGUCGUGGACCUUCCACGGUUGAGCACUACACAGCCCCCUUGAGACUGUCUUCUGUUGUCUCCUCCAUCACACACUCUCGCCCUUCAAACAUCCCUAAGGAUACCCAGAGGCAAAGCAAGUAUAAAGUGAGUUUAGGUUACCUCCUAGGGAGUACAGGCAGGCCAAGAAUGAGGGAAAGAGGCCAGAGCCAUGGCAUCUCUGGGGACCCUGGGAAUGAGGUGCCUGAGUGGCAUCAGGGUCUCUGCCUAGGGACAUGGGACCAUCUGUGCCCUCCUUGCUGGUUCUGAGUCACAGCUCAGGCUGGGUAUCUGUGUGGGAGAGGAAAGAGCCUAUCCACAGACUCCCCCUGCAGAGCUGACGAUUAGCAAUUAACCAGGAGGAAUCUCCGGGAUGAAGUUAAUUGGGGGAGAGGGGAGGGAAGCUAGGAUUCUAGGGACUUUGCCCUUGACCCAAAGGUAUAAAGCCAGCUUCUCCUGAGGCUCCUAGGGCUUUCCUGAGCUGCUGGGCAGGAGCUGAAACACAGAACACCAAGGCCCACAGUGUGCACUUGAGAUGAUAUCUUACGGAGAGAAUCUGGGGGGCCGGGCUGUCUCCCCACUCCCAGUCCGUGGGGGGCACAUGAUGCAUGGAGCGGCCUUUGCCUACGUGCCCAGCCCACAGGAACCUGGAUUGACCCAGAAGCUGCGCCGGGCUGGUGUGACACUCCUCAAGGUGCCACUGAUGCUUUCCUUCCUCUACCUCUUCGUCUGCUCCCUGGACGUGCUCAGCUCAGCCUUCCAGCUGGCUGGAGGGAAGGUGGCUGGCGACAUCUUCAAGGACAACGCCAUCCUGUCCAACCCGGUGGCGGGCCUGGUGGUGGGGAUCCUGGUGACUGUGCUGGUACAGAGCUCAAGCACCUCCACGUCCAUUGUGGUCAGCAUGGUCUCCUCCGGCCUGCUGGAGGUGAGCUCUGCCAUCCCCAUCAUCAUGGGCUCCAACAUCGGCACCUCCGUCACCAACACUAUCGUGGCCUUGAUGCAGGCGGGGGACAGAACUGACUUCCGGCGGGCCUUUGCGGGGGCCACCGUACACGACUGCUUUAACUGGCUGUCAGUUCUGGUGCUGCUGCCCCUGGAGGCUGCCACGGGGUACCUGCACCACAUCACUCGACUUGUGGUGGCCUCCUUCAACAUCCGUGGCGGCCGUGACGCCCCUGACCUGCUCAAGAUCAUCACAGAGCCCUUCACUAAGCUCAUCAUCCAGCUGGACAAGUCUGUGAUUACCAGCCUUGCCUCGGGGGACGAGUCCCUGAGAAACCACAGUCUCAUCCGGGUUUGGUGUUACCCAGACCCCACAGAGGUUCCUACUCCUAUGCCCAGGGCAGAGGCCAACACCAGCUGGAUGCUCAGAAAUGCCACCCUGGAGAAAUGCAACCACAUCUUUGUGGACACGGGGCUGCCUGACCUAGCUGUGGGGCUCAUCCUGCUGGCUGGCUCCCUGGCACUCCUGUGCACCUGUCUCAUCCUCCUUGUCAAGAUGCUCAACUCUCUGCUCAAGGGCCAGGUGGCCAAGGUCAUUCAGAAGGUUAUCAACACUGACUUUCCCACCCCCUUCACCUGGGCCACAGGCUACUUUGCCAUGGUGGUAGGGGCCAGCAUGACCUUUGUCGUCCAGAGCAGUUCUGUGUUCACCUCAGCCAUCACCCCACUCAUCGGCCUCGGUGUGAUCAGCAUUGAGCGUGCCUACCCGCUCACACUGGGCUCCAACAUUGGUACCACCACCACGGCCAUACUGGCUGCCCUGGCCAGCCCCCGGGAGAAGCUGUCCAGUGCUUUCCAGAUUGCCCUCUGCCACUUCUUCUUCAACAUCUCUGGCAUCCUGCUGUGGUACCCUGUGCCCUGCACGCGCCUGCCUAUCCGCAUGGCCAAGGCGUUGGGCAAACGCACGGCCAAGUAUCGCUGGUUCGCCGUCCUCUACCUCCUCCUGUGCUUCCUGCUGCUGCCCUCGAUGGUGUUUGGGCUCUCCAUGGCAGGCUGGCGGGCUAUGGUAGGUGUGGGCGCACCCUUCGGGGCCCUGCUGGCCUUCGUGGUACUUGUCAGUGCGCUGCAGCGUCGCAGCCCCGGGUGCCUGCCCAAGUGGCUGCAGACGUGGGACUUCCUGCCCCUGUGGGUGCACUCCCUGAAGCCCCUGGACCGCCUCAUCACCCGUGCCACCCUGUGCUGCGCCAGGCCUGAGCCCCGCUCACCCCCACUGCCCGCCAGGGUCUUCCUGGAGGAACUGCCCCCCGCCACACCCUCCCCCCGCCUUGCCAUGCCCCAUCACCACGAUGCCACCCGUCUCUAGGCUCCAGCCCAGAUGGCUGCCUGGGGCCAGAAGGAGCCUGUGUCUGAGAUGCCCAGGGUGGAAGGGCAGAGGGGUGCGUCUGGGCAUGUGCCGGUGCUUGUACAGGUCCUGGGAGGUCUCGGCUUGUGCGGCUGAGAGUGAGUGUAUGUGCGCGUGUGGGGGGGCCGCAUGCCAACUGCAAGGUAUCUGGGUAUGAUUGUGAGUCCUUUGCAGAUGUAUUUGGAAGCCUGCACUUGUGUCCCUGUGUACACACAACUCUGACUAGGCUGGGUGGGAGUGAGGGUGAGUCUGUGUAUGUGACCUACAGCUGUUUGCUAGGGCACAGAUGUGGGUGCCUGAUUCAUUGCUUGAAUUCUCACCCCCUCCCUGCCACCUUCCUUCCUCCAUGGUACCAUUCUCCUCAUCCUCACCCAGGGUUUCUGCAUCUCCGCUACAAGGCCCUUCCUAACACUGCCUGAUUAAAAAGAAAAGAAAGAAAUGAAACUCUCAUUGUGCACUUGGAAAUCUGCUUGUUCUCCAUCUGGAGAGGAGGAACAGAUCAUGGUUUGGGGCUCAGCAGUACUGUCCCCCCUCCGAAAGAGACCCUGCUGUGCCCUGGGAAAGCCAGCCGACAAGCUCUCCCCAACAACCCUCCUGACCCUGCCUAAUGAAUCCAAUCCACAAUUCAAACUCCCUGGAGGCCCCUUGAGGGCUACCUUAAGGCAAGUGGAAGGAGGGCUCUGUGC